CUGGAAGUAUCGCUGCUACAGGGCUUAUUUCAGCAGGCGGAGCUGCAGGAGCUGGUUCGUGUUUGCGAGGCGAGGAACGGUUUUCAAGCCAGCCUGCAGCGAACUUCCUCUGGGGAGUUUCGGAAGGAUCGGAUGCGCACGUCAAGCUCCUGCCCCAUGUUGUGGCCACUUUUCACACCCCCGGAGCGGGUUCUGCAGCUCCGAAAGGAGAACGCCAGCUUGGCAGCGGCCGUGGAGGAGGAGUUGGCGGCGGUGCUCAGCGCCUCGAAGCGCUGCGCAGAGGUGAUCGGCGUUGACCCGGCACGAGUGGAGCCUCUCCAGCUGAUACGGUACGCACCGGGACAGUAUUACAGACCCCACAUGGACACCCACGAGGAGCCACGGCGUAUGUCCUCGUACGCAGGCGAGCAACGCAGCCACACGCUUCUGGUCUUCAUGAGCGAUAUACCUGAAGAAGACGGCGGUGGCCAUCUCCACUUCCCCGAACUGGGACUGCGCAUCCUGCCACGUGCUGGAGAUGCUGUGCUGUGGCCCAACUUGACGGAUGAGGGGGUACCUAACCCGCAGGCUCUUCACGAAGGUGUCGCGCCUCGCACCUGUGAAAAGAUUGCCAUGAACGUUUGGGUCGCAGAGCGGCCUUUCACCCUGGAAUCCAUUGCUACAUGGCAGCAGCGGCAGAACGAAGAGAAAGCUGUGGCUGCAGCGGCAGCUUCAACUUGGUUGGUGAACCUCGUCGACUACGAUGUUGAGGUCAUGGCGUUCGUCUCAGAUGGUGUCGACGAACUAGCGGUCGCGGCUGGAGCUGCCAGAGCUGAUCUGGUGGGAAAGGGCCCAGAGCUGCUCGUGUUGGGCCUCCGCUGUUCGAGCACGGGGUGCUGUCGCGUGCCCUUCAGCGUUCAGAAGGGAGAUCUGCUGUCGCGUGCCGACGACACGGUGGCCUUGUGCCUUGCACAAAUGGCAUCAGCAGUUCUGCGGCGAGGUGACAUGGCUCCAUCCUCUGGAGGCAUCGGCUAUCUUUACUUCUUCCCUAGACAGCUGCGACGGAUGCAGCGAGCACUUCAAGAUGAGGACCAGUGUGCUUUGCUUCGUGGAGCUGAGCCCUCCUGCGACUGUGGGUUGGUCGAGGGAUGGGCUGGAGAUCCUAGCGCGAGGUGCGACCGUGAGCGACGCCAUGGAAGGACCCGGCUGCCGACUGGCGACAGCGGCUGCUCCCUGGAAGCAAGCACGACGUGUGACACAGCGAUGGCGAUUGAAAACUUUCCAGCGGUGAGUGCCAUGCGGAGGUCAGCUCUAUUUGUCAGCUCUAUUGUCAUCGCUUCGCAAACAGCAACCUCGGCCCACGUGCGACACCACUGCCAAGCGCCGACGCACUCGCCUCUGAAAGGCCAUCGACGCGGGCGCGUGCCAGGCACGUUGGCGAAAACUGCCCCAGGCCGCGGACCUGAGGCCGGGAAGGCUUGA